AUGACAACGACCACGGGGGAUCCAUCAAGCCUAAAAACACCAUCCAGCCUCUCGGGGGGUGAUUUAGUAUCCAGACUACUAGCCGCAACCCCACCGUACCUCUACAACGUCCCGUUAACACCUCACAGCUUCUUCUUCAGUGAGAUGCUAAGGUCUUUUGUCCAAGCCAAGGCUUCUUCUUCCUCAGAAGCUUCUCCAGCAGCGACUCCUUCUUCUUCAGCAGUUGCUAAUAAUUUAUCGAACAAUCGCAGACGGAAACGCUCUUGGAGAGACGCUAGAGAACGUCCCUUAGAGCUGACCAAGGACAAAAGUGUCUUGAGCGACUCUAAAUAUUUUCACCAGGAACUUUCUCCUGAAAAUAAUCGCUACAGGUCUGCAGCAGCAGCUGCUGCUGCUGCUGCUGAGUAUGAAGAAAAAAAUCAGGGACAAAAUAUUGAAGAAAAAAAUCAAAAUCAAUUCGAACCUUUAAAGCCUGUUGAUGAAAAUCGGGAUUUUUUGAAGAAUAGACACUUUUUUGAUGAUCCUUCUCGAUUAUUUAAUAAUAAUAAUAAUAGUAAUAAUAAUAAUAAUAAUAAUAAUAAUAAUAAUAAUAAUAAUAAUAAUAAUAAUAAUAGUGAAGAAAAUUUAGAAGAAAAUCGCAAAGAAUCUGGACUUGGAUUUAUAGAAGGAGAAAAAAAUUCUAAAUUAGAAUUUAAAAAUCAAAAUUACACCUUACCUGCUACAAAUUCAGAGUUCACUCCUUCGCCAUUUUGGUACCCGCCGUACCCAAUUCCGCCGCAGUACCCUGGAAUAGAUCCCCUGCACUUCUUCAUAGACUUACGUGUCUCCGGACACAUCUGGGACCGGAAGGUUAACAGUGAACGGCAGCCGAUUUUUAAGAACAAACACUGCUCCGCGUUUAGUGUACCGCAAACUGCUAAAGAGUACAAUCGACCGCUUAAUUUGACUCGCGACGAGGCUGGAGCCUAUAAGAAUAAGGAGAAUUAUAGGGGCACUCAUUUUAUUUUUAAAAAUUUGACAAAGACUUACCGGGAUAUUGAGAGUAAGAGCAAUAGGGAGAAAUGUGAUAGCAAGAAUGAUGAAGCCGUCGGUAGCUCAUCACAGCAAGACAGAGCGUCACCGUCAACUUUUAAAGAAGACAAAGAAGAUGUUUCUUCCGUAACAACUGGGAGUAAAAAAGACAUACGUGCUCUUAUUGGGUUAGAACUUGUUGUCGACUAUGUCAAGGAACCGAAAGAAGAGCCCCAGCCACAGUCACCCGCCACCAACAUAUAA